AAGACACAACCCUUUCGAUGACUGCCUUUGAUCAAUUUCUUUCGUUGUGACGUCGCUGUUCUUCACCAGUUCGCAUCAAAUCCAGAUCAAAUAUUUGGCGUGGAAACGCACUGAAAUAGUAUUCUGCCCAAGAAUUGAUCGUUUGCACAGAUCAAUUUUUCAAUUUGAGUUCAUUUUUAUGGCAGCAGUUCCUUCGCAUUGAUCAAUUGCAAUGGCUCAUUGGCUCAAAGCUGCUGAAGUGCUCUGUAAUAGGAUUGGGGGAAGCUUUCAUCUCCUUUUGGAGCACGAGUUUACUUUCCGGUCUUAAGUGGCUUAUCCUUCACGUCAUGAUCAAGGGCCAUCAGAACUUGUUGAUGACAUUCACCCAUAAUUUAUUUGAAGUUGUAGAUCGAAGGGCAAAGCUUGUAGUUGGAGAUGAGCAACCAAAUUCACAGUCACCAGCUUCAAAUGGACAAGGAUCUCAAACGAAGCGUAGAAAGUCAAAAUUGAAGGGACAAUCUUCAGAUAGGUCUGCAACGGUUGAUAAUGCUUUGAAAAAAACUGGCUCCCGUGCAUCAGUAUCAAAGGUUUCAUCUGAUGAAGAUUUAUCUGCUGCUUCAACUGAUAAUGAUGCGAUUAAUCAAGCUCAUUCUUCUUUGAAAAAUAAAGACGAGGAGCAACGCAAAGUUAAUAAUGAUGUCUCCCAAUCAGAUGUCCCUGUGUCUUUGUCAUCAUUGGAUGAUCAGCCUAAACAAGACACUAUGUUUGACAAAGAUACAACAUCUGCUAUUAAUCAAGAGGCUGUUCCACCAAUCUUCAACAGUGAUAUUGUCAAUGCGACUUCUUCAAAAUCUAGUGAGGAGAUUUUGUCAACAUCGGUAACUUUGGUAGAAAGUGAAGCUGAAAAAAAUCAUCCCACUGAUUCUGGUGAAGAUGUCUUAUUGAAAGAUAAAGGAAGUGACAUGGUGAUAAAAAAAGAGGGAUCUCAAUCUUCAAAUUCAGAUACACCUUCUAAAGUGGAUUCCCUAAAAGUUAGCAAUCUCAAAAUUGAAACUCAGCUAGAUGAAAAUAAGGAUCAAGAACAUAAACCUGUAGCUUCGCCAAAGAAAGUACAGGAACAGCCUGGUUCCCCGAAGAAAGUACAAGAUCAGCCUGGUAGCCAAAAGAAAGUACAAGAUCAGCCUGGUUCCCCAAGGGAAGUACAAGAUCAGCCUUCGAAGAAAGUACAAGAUCAGCUUGACGAGGCACAGGGGCUGCUUGAAAGUUCAAAAACCACUGGUCAGUCAAAAGAGGCUAGGUUAGCACGGGUUUGUGCUGGCCUUUCAUCACGCCUUCAAGAAUACAAAUCUGAAAAUGCACAAUUAGAGGAGCUUCUAGUAGCAGAGAGAGACCUGAGUAAAUCAUAUGAGGCUCGGAUACAACAACUGCAAAAAGACUUGUCUUUAUCAAAGGAUGAGGUGAAUAGAGUGGAGUCAAAUAUGUUGGAGGCUUUGGCUGCAAAGAAUGCUGAAAUUGAGGCCCUUGUCAAUUCCAUGGAAACAGUUAAAAAGCAGGCUGCUUUGUCUGAAGGAAAUUUGGCAUCAUUGCAGGCAAACAUGGAGUCGAUAAUGAGAAGUAGAGAGCUAACAGAAACGAGGAUGAUGCAAGCUUUAAAAGAGGAGCUUGCAUCUGCAGAACGAAGAGCAGAAGAAGAGCAUGCUGCACAUAAUGCUACCAAGAUGGCUGCAAUGGAAAGGGAAGUAGAAUUAGAACACCGUGCUCUUGAUGCAUCCACAGCCCUAGCCAAGAUCCAGAGAACAGCUGAUGAGAGGACUUCCAAAGUAGUAGAGCUUGAGCAAAAGGUGGCAUUACUUGAGGUCGAAUGUUCUAGUUUAACUCAAGAACUGCAAGAUAUGGAAGCUCGUGCUCGGCGAGGGCAGAAGAAGUCUCCAGAAGAUGCUAAUCAAGUGAUUCAGAUGCAGGCUUGGCAAGAAGAAGUAGAGCGUGCACGUCAAGGCCAGAGAGAUGCUGAGAGAAAGCUCUCUUCUUUGGAGGCUGAAGUUCAAAAAAUGAGAGUGGAAAUGGCGGCCAUGAAAAGGGAUGCUGAGCAUUAUUCACGCCAGGUAGCAGCUUUUAGUUUUUGCUAAUAAGAGAUUAUGUAUUCUUUUGCUUGAGUACAGUGCAUACCGAUGCAUAUAAUUGCAUACUUUUUUUUUGUCUUUUUGAAUGGGUAUGUGUAUUUGUCAGCUUGGGACAAGGACAAUUUUAGUUGAGUUUGCCUCGGCAUGACUGAUAGUCUUUCUUGUACCUGUUAUUUAUUUGUUCAUGUUCUUUGAUGGAUCCAUCAAUUUUUCUGUGAAGGUCAAAAAGUAUGAACCAUUAGGUCUUGCUUUUAUACUUCCUGCUGAACCUGGGCAUAGGGAAAUGUCGAAUAGCAAUGUUUUCUUUGCAUUGAUCGUAGGAAGUUCUAUGCCUCUAUAAAUAAAAAUGAGUUUUGGAAGGUUCCAUCGUAAGUUUGUUUUAUGAGCCGUAGCUAAGGUUGGUUUCCUCUUGUGGCAAAAGCCAUUGAUUUAUUAUGUUAUAGGAAUUUACAACUAUGUCAUGAAAAUAAUCCUUUCUUUUUCUAUAUAUAGAAUAUAAAAAUCUGGAUAUUUCCAUUAGAGCCGAUGUAAACAUAGGAAGGGUCUUUCUAGCCAGUCAACCAGAUACCUGAGAAUACCUUAGUAACAUUUUAGUAUAUGUUUAUUAAUAUUAAGAAGUUAUUGUAGCAAAGAUAAUUGGGAAUAAUUUUCUCUAUAUUAUUUGAAGAGAAUGAUACAGUCAUUUAUAUACCCAAAAAAGAGGUCCUACUAAAUAAAUUACCAAAGAGGAAAAAGCAAACUAUACAACAAAUCACUCUAUCUAUGGA